UCAACGGGGAGUCCACCGGCGCCAAGGUCGCCGCCAACUCUCCUCGCUCUCGCAAGGUUUAAAUUCAGAAUAUGAACUAUUUCAACAUAGAUUUUGUUCAGACAAGUUGGGAGGGUGCGGGAAGAAGAUAUGGACGGUAAAAAAAGGACAUCAAAAAAAUACACUUGGCGGUGUUCGGCUUUGCAUAAUGAAGGCUGGUUUGAUGGGCAUUGCUGCGUACAUUUUUGCUGCUGCUUCUAUUUCGUGUUAUUUCUGGUUUGCUUCACUAAUUUUCGCUCUUUAAUCCAUGUUUUAUUCCUACCAUUGAACAAGAGCAGCACUUGUAAUUGCGAUUAUAAUUAUCGUGAAUGAUUAAGAUUGUAUUGCUGUCGGUAUCAUGGCUCCCAUCGCCAUCCUUCAAAACGCCCA